AAAAUAAAUGCUAAACUUCAUGAUGGAGUGUGUCAGCGUUGCAAAGGUAUCUUGGAGUGGCGGGUGAAAUUCAGCAAGUAUAAACUACUAUCAAAACCUAAAAAAUGUGUGAAGUGCCUCCAAAAGACUGUAAAAGAUCCUUACCAUAUUAUUUGUCGACCAUGUGCCAGUAAACUAGAAGUUUGUGCUAAAUGUGGGAAAGAAGAAGAAAUAAUUAUUCCGAUUAAUAAAGGACAAGACAGAACGGAGAGUGUGACUACCAAAAAUGGCCAAGAGAGCAGUGGAUUGGAGGAUGAGCUGGAUUUUGAUACAAACUUCAGUAGUACAGACAGUGAUGAAGGUUCUGAUGUGCUUGAAGAAAGAUUUAAAAGUAUGAAUUUUGAAAGGACAGAGAUCUAA